AUGGGUACAUUUGUGACCCUGGCAGAAGUGUUGGAGGCCCGGGGAUCACCACUGGAUGAGGAUGAGGUCUGGUGUCUGCUGCUUGCAACGACUGAGGCCUUACUGGACAUUUCCAGAAAAGGUUCAGGCAACAUGUUCAGCGUGCUGAGCCCAGGCUCGGUGCUGCUGUCAGCCAAUGGGAGUAUGGCCUUUAAGAGCUGUGCACGGUAUGAAGACGUGGCCUCCUUCAUAGCUCCAGAGGUCCAGCCGGGUCACAAUGCCUCCACCAGUACUGCAGCCGAAAAGAUGGUUGUGUACUCAGUGGGGAUGACUCUGUAUUGGUGUGUUGAUUAUCAUCUACCUCAAAACCAGCCGGUGCAGCUCAGUGCCCAGCUGGAGGGUUUGCUGCUGAGCAUGUGCGAGGACGUGGUGGUCAGGAGAACGGACCUGAUGACGGUGCAAGACACCUGCGAGAUUCACCACCGGGCCGCGAUGCUUCCCCCUCCUGAAAGGCUCGUCCGGCAGCUGGUGGAAGAUGUCUACAGGAACUCUGUUGACCAUGUGGCGAUGGUUGAAAAUGGAUCCAGGCUAACAGACCGCAGUCAGAUCGUCAGGGACAGAUUACACAGAAACUCUUUUAGUAACUCAACAUGGUCGCUGAAGAAGAAAAUGUCUAGAACGUUCUCCGGGGUAUCUUAUCCAUGCGAGCCUACAGGGCUUCCUUCUGGAGGUCGACACAUAGAAACUUUCAGCAGCUGGCAGCAGCUGAACCGCAGUCCGUACAUGGAUGGCAAUCGAAUCGCAAACUCAAUAUCCCUCGCACAGUUCCAGUCCACCAUGAGUCUGAAUGACAAGAAACUGAAGGAAAUGGGUCCUGAGUUUAUUAGGAUGUUAGAUGAGCCGCUGGUUGUCUUGGAGCUGCCUGGAUCCAUCUUGUCAAAAAAAGGGAAAUCUCUGACCACGCAGAGAGAGCUGAGUGUGGUGAUGCCAAACGGUCAGAGCAUCCUGGUGAAGUGUGAGGUGAAAUCCAGAGGAGGGGACGUCUUCGACAUGAUCGUGGCUCACUCCAACCUGGUGGAACAUUUCUACUUUGGCCUUGCUUAUAUUGAUGAUAACGAGUUUUUCUUUGUGGACAAUGACACCAAGAUUUCCAAAGUUGCUCCAGAUACCUGGAAGAAAGUGCCUACCACCACCUUUGUCCUUUUCUUCAGAGUUAAAUUCUUUGUGAAGGACAUUUCACAUUUGCACAAACAGACCCGCCACCAGUAUUACCUGCAGCUCAGGAGAGACCUUUUGGAGGACAGGCUGUCCUGCCAUGAGGAGACGGCUCUUUACCUGGGAGCUCUGGCCCUGCAGACCGAGUGUGGAGACUGCAUGCCUGAGGUGUACGGUAGAAACUACUACCGCCCUGACCAGUAUGUCUCCAAGAGCGUGAUGGAGAAACGUGCCUUGCCUUACAUUCAGGGAGAACUGCUCCGACUUCACACCAACAACGCUCAGAUGCUCCCUGAUGAAUCAGAGCUAGAUUUCCUCAAGUUGUGUCAGCAGUUGCCUGAAUACGGCGUGUUCUUCCACCGCGUGAUGCGAGAGAAGAAGCCCUUAGAAGGAGAGAUCAUCCUUGGGGUUUGUGCCAAAGGAGUCAUCGUCUACGAGGUUAAAGAUGGCUGCCGAUCCACCAGUCAGAUGUUCUACUGGAGGGAGACAGCAACCAUCUCCUCUAAUAGGCGUAAAUUCACAGUAGAGAGCCGGGGCAGCAAGAAGAAGUACAACUUCAUCACGGAGAGAUCGAAGAUAGCCACGUAUCUUUGUAACCUCUGUUCAGCUCAACACAAGUUCAACAAUGAGAUGAACUCUCGCCAGAUCAGCCAAAACCUGGUCUCAGAUGAAAACACAGGGCGGUACGCAGAGGUUUCUCCCACUCAGAGCAGCCAGCUGAAGUCCGUCUCGUGUUCGGAGACGCCGCAGGACGACAGCGGUCUGACCACGCCUCAGGAAGGGUCUCUGAACAAGCUGUGUGAUGACGUCACAGCCAGGAUCGAGAGCCGCAUCAAGCAGCAGCGCCUCAACGAGCAGAGUUCUUGUUCUUCUUUUAUCUACUUCAGCAGCCCCAGUCUGCGUUCCCCGGCCUGCUCUCAGAGGAGCGGACCUGAAGCGCCGUCCUGCUCUCCUGCCGCCAAAGAAACCCCAACAAGAGUAAGGUCAUCAACAGAGCGAGAAGUCAUAUGUGUUACUCUAAAGAAAGACCCGAAGCUUGGCCUUGGUAUACUGAUAGUGGGAGAGGACACUGUUGGCCAUUAUGACUUGGGCAUAUUUGUUGCUUCCAUUGUGCCUGGUGGACCGGCUGAUAAGGACAGACGCAUUCGACCAGGCGGUCGUAUGAUCUCUCUGAACCACUUCAGCCUGGAGGGCGUGACCUUCAGCGAGGCAGCAGAGAUCAUGCAGAGCAGCCCUGAGGAGGUGCAGCUCAUCGUCUCACAGCCAAAAGUGAGCCCCAGUCCCAACAGCGUGCGUUCUCCCGUGUUUAGGAAUUACGAAUCCCAGGGCACGUCGAUAACGGACGGCUCUUCAGAACAAGACGGUUUGGAUGAAAUAGUUUCUGCCAUGAUGACGCCGAAGACCAGCAACAGGCUGAACGUCCCCCGAGAAGUACGAGCACAGGACAACUGCUGUCUGUCUCCCCCUCCAAACUGUGUGAGGCCGUUGGAGAUCUCUGUGGAGCUCAGAAAGAUCUCAGGAAUUCUGGGCAUCAGCAUCUCUGAUGGCUGGAACACUAAUGUUCCAAAUGGAGGACUUUACAUAAGAUGCCUUGUUCCAGGAGGCGCUGCAGAGAGAGAUGGGCGCCUACAUUCAGGCGACAGGGUGUUGGAGGUGGAUGGGAUUAACUUCCAGGGAAUCACCUACCAGCAGGCCGUGGAGCAUCUGAGCAAAACUGGGGAGGUGGUGACCUUGGUUGUACAGAGGGUGACGAUUAAACUACCCAGGAUUUCUUUUCACUCGGACACCAUCAGCAGUGCAUCCAAUCAGAGCACGAGUCCAGCUUCCAGCCCACUCAGAACCAACAGCUGCUCGCCCACCAGAACCACCACAAACACCUCCGAUCGGCCCCGGGACUACAGCUUUGUCAACGAUGGCAACACCCAGGAUGUGACUCUGACUAAGUGUGCCAACGGACUGGGCUUCAGUUUCCUGAUGUGUGAGCUGGACCCCCCCAUCCAGGAUUUCAACAGCCUGGUCCGGAUCAAGACGCUUUUCUCCGGUCAGCCGGCGCAGCAGAGCGGGCGGAUCGAGGAGGGCGACGUCCUGCUGGCCAUCAACGGACAGUCCCUCAAAGAGCUCACCUACCCUAGGGUGCUAAAGCUGUUCAAGACUUCACCAGCUGAGGUUACACUGACUCUCAGCCGGCCUGCAAAAGGGAUCCUUCCUACCAUCGAUCAGUUCACUGACACCUGA